CCCGCACCCACACCGGCACACGCCUCCCGGGCGCGGCGCGGCGCGGAGCGGAGCGGAGGAGCCCCGAGGGCAGGUGACGCUCACAGUGACAGUUGUGGCUCCUUGUUCCGCAGCUCUUCGAGGAGGGCAGGAGAGGGAUCGUUCGCUGGUGGAGCCAUUCGAAGCUCAGCUGAACCCGAGCCAGCAUCAGCUGGGGGUCGCGUCUGCAUAUGUCCCUGGGCAGCGUCCCUCAUGUGUUUGAGAAACUACAAGCGAAGAAGUUGAAUGUUUGCUUCAGCUGAAAAGACUGUUUCUCAAGUCCUAGUGGGAAAAGGUGAAAAAGAGAACUGGAGGAUGUUGCUAGUAGGUAUGUACAUGGCAGGAAGCUAUGACUAGCAGUGUGAUUGUCAACAGGAAACAAAAAGUCGCAGCCGAUGUGACACUGCCAUACUUUCUGUGUUGUAUUGCCUGCUGGACUUUGUGGCCUGGGGAGCCAUGCAUGUCUACCUGAGAUAUUCGCCUGUCCAUUCAUCUGCUGGAGUUUGAAUUAUUCUGCAUCUGGUUAAUCAACUUUGCAGCAGUUGGAAAGCUCUGGGUUUUUUUCUUGACAACUGCUACUGUAAAGAUCUUGAACAGCUAUGGGGAGAAAAGGGUACGUGUGAGCAACCUUCACCGGCUGGCAGCUGAGCGUUCUUCGAGACCCCAGGAGGCUUUGAGGUGUCUUGGCUGUUCAGUGCUCUGCAGAUAUGAACGCUGAGCUUUUCUGGCACGUUCUUACAUUGGCCUGGUCAUUCUCACCAUGCUAGUACAUGGGAAAGAAGACUUCCUCUCAGACGUAGCUUACAUCAUCCUGGAACUGGUCAUUGCAGUGCUGGCCAUCCUGGGGAACAUCCUGGUCUGCUGGGCAGUCUAUCUGAAUAGCAACUUGCAGAACGUCACCAACUAUUUUGUGGUGUCCCUGGCUGCUGCUGACAUUGCCGUGGGCGUGCUGGCAAUCCCCUUUGCCAUCACCAUCAGCACUGGCUUCUGUGCCUUCUUCUAUGGCUGUCUUUUCAUUGCCUGCUUCGUCCUGGUCUUGACUCAGAGUUCGAUCUUCAGCCUCCUUGCUAUUGCCAUUGACAGAAUCAUUGCGAUCCGCAUACCCCUCAGGUACAAUGGCUUGGUGACUGGCUCUCGAGCUAAAGGUAUCAUUGCCAUCUGCUGGGUAUUAUCUUUCAUCAUCGGCUUGACACCAAUGCUAGGGUGGCACAAUCGUUCCCAGAUAGAAGAGCUGGGUUCCAAUAAGUCCUCUCCCAUCAACUGCAGCAACAGUAUGGUGGCAUGUCUCUUUGAGGCUGUGGUCACCAUGGAGUACAUGGUCUACUACAACUUCUUUGCCUGUGUGCUCUUGCCCCUACUCCUCAUGUUUGGUAUCUACUUGAAAAUCUUCAUGGCAGCCCGGCGACAGCUCAAGCAGAUGGAGAACAAGAUGGUACAUGGGGAACGUUCUCGUUCCACUUUGCAGAAGGAAGUCCAUGCAGCUAAGUCUUUAGCCAUCAUUGUUGGGUUGUUUGCAGUCUGCUGGCUCCCACUACAUAUUAUUAACUGCUUUACCCUUUUUUGCCCGAAUUGUGCCCAUGCUCCACUCUGGCUGAUGUAUCUGGCUAUUAUCCUGUCUCAUGCCAACUCGGUUGUAAAUCCUCUUAUUUAUGCCUACCGAAUCAGGGAGUUCCGCUACACCUUCCGUAAAAUUAUCAGCCAGCAUAUCUUGGGCCGGAAGGAGCCGUUCAAGGCAGGAACAGCCAGCUCCAGGACUUCCACUCAUGGUGGGGACGCAGAGAACGCCAGCAUACGAAUCAGUGAGUAUGCAUUAGAGGUAUACACCAAUGGAGAGAUCCACAGGGAUCCUGAAAAGCAGGACUUAAACAAAUGCAAAGCUGGUUUGGAAUGGCACCAGAAUGGAAAUGCUCUGGACAUGGAGACAAAUGGGCAUCUCCCACAUUCCUGCAAAAAUGGGAUUCUUUCAGAUGCAUGCAUGAACAGGGAGCUUCACAGUGAAGAGCUAAUUGAUACCCAGGUGGCUUACUCAGAUCUGGAAAGAGCAGCCUUCGCAGCAGCUGAUGUUUCCUGAUGAGACUUCCAAAGUCUUCCUGGUAGAAUUAUUUUUUUUCCAUUGGUGACCUCUGCCAUGGCAGAAAGGGAAGUUGGGGGGCGGGGGGAGAGGUGUGUAUGCAGAUCGCUGUGGAGAAAGGGGUCCCUACCCAGGACUGUGGGGAUGAUCCUAAAUACUAGACUGGAGAAAAGCCAAGAUCCCAUUGAAACGGACUGAGGAAGGAAGGACACGUUACCCAUCGAUGACCUGUCACCAAGAUCAGUGCCAAGGUCAAAGAUGGUGUUCCGAGUUCAGCACUGGGAGACUCUGCUGAUGCAGGGCAUAUCAUGACAUCAUGCUGUACUGUGUAUCUGUGGUUGUAUGUCAGUUUUGCUGUCUUUACCAACAGAAAUAAAAGCAUGGCUGGAAGUAUUCACUGAAUUGCGAAGAGCAACAGGGAAGGGGCCUUUUAGUACUUUGGCCCUGCAACAAACAGAAGGGGGAUAGCAGCAUCUGUUGGUCAGGAAGGAUGCCAGCAACUGCUUGGAGAGGGAAGGAAAUUACCUGAUGGGAACUUUGAAUACCUUCAACCAUGGCAUUUUGUCUUUCAGUUCAUGUUUUUAAAGCUUAUAGUGCAACAGGUUGCUCAAAUGAUUUUUCUUCUUGUCUUGAUAAGAUUACUUUAUGUUAAGUUAUAAAAGAUGGGCAAGAAUUCAUAUCCAUUCCCUGAGCACUCAAUGUUGUCAAUGCACAAGGCAAAUAUAACCUCAUAGCUCUCCACUUCAUCUAACAAAUAAUGAAAACAGAGUCUGUAAUAUGGAUUUCCCUUAGCAAAAGGGCUGUUAGCAGGACUUGGUGCUGCACAUAGUAGACAAGCAGGCCAGGUUGUGGUCUGUCACUUGGGUGGUCAUGCCCUAAGGUGCUGUGAAGAGCUAUUGGGUGUGUGAGCUGUCUGUAGGCUGAUGGGCAAUGUCUGCUUUUCCCCCUGCCUCUGUGCUUGUCCUCCUGAGCUCCUAGAAUGCAAAUUCUUUCCAUGGCCCCAAAUAUGUGUGGGGGGAGCUAAUUUUCCAUAUUUUGGUCGUUUUCAUCCUUACUCAAAGGGCUGUGGGAUUAUUUUCUUCUUUCUUGGGGUAGGGAGGAACACACACACAUACCUAACGCUUAUUUUUGGAAUUUAUUAUUUAAACACCUCUUCUCCUAUGACUUUCUUAUGUGACUUCAGUUUUUUUCCUGAUGUGCUUUACUGUGAAGCUUGAAGUGUCCCUGCAGUGCAGAGUCCAACAGAGCUGGGUCUGUCUGGUUAGAAGAUGCUCCUAUUCUGAGAAGCUGAGAGGCGUCAGUAGUGGAAAUCAUCUUAGAAACUGCAGUCAUCUGUGUAAGGGAAAAGGCAGAUCUGUGCUGCAGCAAGUGUAUGCACUGAUGUGGUUUGUUGUAGAGGUGUAGAGCAGUUUGAUAAUUUUCUGUAUCACUUACGAAGCCUGGUAGCUCAAGGACAGCAGAAUGCCACGUCAGGUUGAAUUCUACCUAAAGAUUAUCUGGUUUUUGUUUUCCAGACAAAUAAUCCCUGUCCAAUACCACCAGCCUUCUGGAGAGACAGGCAGUAACAGUUCUACUGGAAAACUAAAAGUCUGGUAAUUUCAGGGAUCUGAAGCUUAUUCCCUAGCUGAAAACAUCAGAAAUACCAUCCCCCAAAGCUGGCUCAUCCUCAUGUCUGUCCACUAACAUUUCAGAAGCCAAAUAAUCUAAUUUUCAGAAAGGAAAGGGGAGCUGGAUUUUGAUAUUUGAAGAAGAGCAGGUUAGAUUUGUGUGUUCUUAUUCCAUGUUUAUUUUAAAUAUUGUGAACUAUUAAAAUGAAAAGUCAGUUUUAUUUGAGGAGAAUUUUCUUUUUGCCAGUCUCUCUACACAAAGGUAGGGAGGAGUUUAUAAUGCUGAACGUGUUCAAGUAUGUAACUGCUCCAGGCUAGUACAAGGUUUACUGUGAGAUGGAUAGAAAGAUGUGGUUGCCACCACGGUCCUUAGCAGAAAGGCAGGCAAGUUUGUAGAACAAUAGACCUCACAGUUUAAUUGAAUUACUGCUUUCUUGGCACAGCUCUUCCACAUAGUCUAACAUCAGAGGAGUGGAUUAUCACUCCAGCACCAUUAACAAACUCUAAGCCAUUUCCCUGUGACUGACGUUGCAGGUAGUUCCUCUGUAGGGUGGCUUGGGAUCUUUUUAUUCUUAAUCUUUCUUGAUGGAAUAUUUCUGGAGAUUAUUUGUGGGGUGGCUCCUCUAUAGAUUAUUUGUGGGAGGGACCUCCUGUAGCAGUGGCAGAGGAACUCAGGCAGGAAAAUGGGGAUCUGAUCUCCUCAGGCCUCAGUUGGGAGCUGAAAUGUUUCUAAGAAUAACACAAGAUUACAUCCGGUAUUCAUGUCAAUAACAAUUAGGUCCACAAAGAAGCAGAGCAGGGAAGGAAGUGUGGGAAAAUACCAGCAUCUCUCAUGAGCUGGAACACACACGAGUGCAGAAGUGUCUCCUAUUGAGCUUUAGCUGCCAUUGUAAAGGGAUGUUUUAUGCCACAUUGCAUCAGACUUUCAACAGCUGAUGUGGGUUGGUUGCUUUCUAUUGUUUCCUGAGCUUCUUCGCACUCAAUUAUGGCAGCUUCUUGCUUGGUUGCCACAAGAAUCAAGUUGAUCUAUGUUGAUGCAACAGACUUAGGAUUGUCCCUCUGGAAAAAUUUCCUGCCCAACCAGAUCACCAUGCAAGCUUACUGAGUUUCCAGAUGUCUUGAAAUUAGCUUUUCUGUUGCUGUUUGAGAUGCCCCCCAAGUGUGUCCAGUCCCUUUCAACAUUAGUGAUCCAGAUUUGAAAUGAAAAGGGUGUGUGAAGGGGCCAGGGGAUGUGUGCAGGAGGAAGUGCACUGUGGGUAAGGAGGCAGUGUGUUUUUUAUAGAACUGGAAGUCUGUAGUCACAGGAAGGAAGGGAUGGCAAUUGCACCACAUGCUGUGUGCCUUCUGGCAAACAUAUGUCUGAGAUGGACCUUCAGAAGAUGUUUCUGAAGUAGUUGUUUGGGGAGCAUGAGCCUUUUGAACAGAGUUUUGGAUUUCUUAUUUAUUGUUUCCUAGGGAUCAUCAUUUCAAGGCUUGCUUUUUUUUAAAAAAAAAAAAAAAAAAGGAGCUGUAGGGUCCCAUCAAUGAAGUGUCCUCUUUCUUUCUCCUGGCAGCGCUCUCCACUCUUGAGAAAAGUACCUGUCUUCCAAACUUGCAUAGGGCAGGAGUCAUUAGAAAAAUGAAAGUUUAAUAACUGUUUCCUAACAUCCCCACUCAUAUCCCCAUUUUCUUUCCAGCUGGAGAAUGUUUAGCUGAUGAAAUAUAGCUGUUCUGGAUAAACAAAGAUGGUACCAAGACAAAGGGAAGAAUUAGGUAACCAUCAGGAGAGGCUGGAAAAGACUUCCUUGGAAAUCCAAGGUACAGUGGGUCCAGAGAGGGAGAGCUGGAGUAAGAAAAAACUAUUUUCACUCUACUGGAACGUCUUACUAAAAAUGGCUGGGGACCCAUAGUGAGAUGUGGUGCCUCUCUUGGUGUGAGGGCAUUCCAUGAAUUUCACCAUUCCCUGAAGACUCAGGCUCCAGGGUUUAUUUGUUUUAUAGGGUUUUGGAGAAAGUAAGGUUUGAUCAGUUGCCAGGAAUAAUUUUAUCAAGAGUUCUUCUUGGGGCCCUCUCCUCAAUAGGGCGCUGCUUUUUGCAUGUGCAAAUAAAUGCACUUACAGCUUUGUCCUGCAGAGUUUGUUUUGGAUCGGUAAUAUUUCAAAGCCCUGUGCAAGCUUGAGUUGCAGCUCUUGAACAGAGAAGCAGUUUGGCGUGGUGGAACAGCUGGGGUUACUGGAGACAGAAAGGUUUGCCACUGGUCCCAGUUGGUGCUAGGAAGCUUAUUGUGCAGAUGGACUUGAGAGUUAUAUGGAAUAGUCUGAAUCUUUGAUCGUUCAUUGAAAAGAGGCUCCAGGGGAUACUGCUGGAUAUAGAAAAGUCUCUUAGGUGGGGGAGCAGACUGGAGGGUUAGGGUUAAGGGGAAAUCUUGGUGCUGAAGGAAGAUUUGUAAGGUAGGUGUUUGGGAGGAUUUCAGGGAGCAGGAAUGUGCUGGGAGGUGCUGGGGCUUGCACAGCUGGUCUCAGGGGAGCCGUGCUGGCAUGAGACCAAGGUGUGACUUGCUGAGGAAGGGCUCUGGAAAGGAUGUACAUUUUGCUGCUCUCCUGGGGUCACUGAAAAUGAGCAACCUUGUCUGAUGUGUGUGGAGAGUUGACUUCAUAUGGUCUGUAUGUGAGAGGUGGUUCUUAUGGAUUAUCUUUUCAGAUGCAUUGCCUUGUCUCGUGAGUGUGUCCAGGUGUAACAAAAAGCCCUUCUGCUUCAUGAACAUGAGCCCUACCUAAAACCAAAUCAAUCCAGCCAUGUUCUGUGGGAAGGACGAGCAUGCUAUAACAGUGCUGCAAUGCAUUUAAACUGUAGAAUACUCUCUAGUGGUGUUUGCUAAGUUUAGCUGCCUAAUAACUGGACUGAGUCAUACCAGAGAGUUUUUUCUUUCUAGCCCUGAGCUUUUGGCCUCCUUUACAGUAAGACACAUCAAGAGUAACUAAAAUCACACCAGUUCCUCAUCUGCCUGAGAGGUGACUAACCCUGACAGACUAAGAAUCCCCAGACUGGGGCAGUGUUGUGUGUAACUCCCCAUCUUAUUUGUCUGCUGGGACUGUUCACACAAGAAUGUGUUAAAAUCAAGACUGGAACCUGUUGAUCCAAGAACAUCCUUUGCUUCCCCCACUCUUUCUCAGGAGCUGGUGUUCCUGCCCCCUGUCCUAUGGAGUGGUUGUCUCUGUGGUCUGCAAACCAAGACACUAUGAACACCCUGCUGCACACGCUGUCACUAUAAAACAAUUACUCUUUUAAUUUAAAUGUUUUAUGAAUAUAGUUGUUGUUUUCCCUCUGUUUGUCA